AUGACUCCUCAGAUUGAUGACCCGUUACCCUUUUCGAUGCCUCCCAAGGGUAUUGUUGCAGAGGGAGUUGCUCUUUACUUUAAAUACUGUCAUAAACAACCUCUUUGGUUGUUCGACGCUGAUGAGCUUUCAAUUCCGGAAACGUGUCGCAACGAGGUGAUAUUUGGAACUCUCAGUCUUGCCCUGCGUUAUUCAAACAAUCCAUUCCUGGAAGGCCGAACUGACAAAAUGUGUCGACAUUAUGCCGAAGCUGCGCGAAGCUAUAUCAUGUUUCGAAUUGCUCAAGGCACUGUGGAUCUGUCAACAAUCAAGAGUCUGUGCCUUAUUACGUUGGCUGAAUAUAUCGCAAAUGAUGCCCAUCUGGUCUGGCUCCAUAUCGGUCUUGCGGCAAAUCUGGCUCAGUGCGCAGGUAUUGACAUUGAAAUGCACGAAGGAGAACUAGACCCGGCCUUAGAAGCGCAACGAAGAGUAUUCUGGAGCAUCCAUCUUCUUAAGCAGCAUUAUGCUCCACACAGUAUGCAACUAAAUAUGCUACGGGACAUACAAAAUCCCAAAUAUAUGGCUGUCAACAUCGACUCGCCACGGGAGAUGGGCAUGAAACCACCGCAAACACCGCAGGAAAACGGCGCAUUCACUUCCCGAGGAGGAAUAUGGGUGUACAUGGUACAGCUGGCUACACUUUGGAGUGAAGUUCAACAAUAUGUUUCGCAUUGCGCAAGUGGAUACUCCACGCCUCCUUGGUCUGUCGAGUCUGGCUAUUCCAUCAUUGGGGCUCACCUAAUGGACAUUGAAACCAAGUUCCCCACUUGCCAUCGGUACGACUCAGUGAGAUUUCAGGAUCAAUCGCGAGAGGAUUUACAUCGUGACCGAGGAUUCUGGAGUCCUUGGCUGUACCUCCAGUUCACCUAUCAUGCUGUGCACAGUGUACUCAAUCAUCCAUUUCUGUACUCAUGGCGCCCGCAGCAGUCUUCGCAACUUGCUGUGCCUAACACUUUUUGGAAAACGUCGUCUGAGCUGGCUCUUAUUCAUACAACAUGGACUGUUCGACUGAUUGACAUGAUCACCGAAAAGGACUAUGAAGUUUCCGAUCCCUUUCUUUGUCAUGCGGUGGCUAUUGCAGCUACCAUUCAUCUUUAUUAUUGCUGCGCUGCAGACCAGGGAAUGAGGGAAUCUGCGCAACGAAGGCUUGAGACUUGCACACAGUUUCUAAGUGGCUUGGCUACAAAAUGGCCGCGGUGUCAGGCAUUACAUCAAAAAGUCCAAGGCCUCAUACAUUCAGCAUUCGCUGUCAGUCCUCAUGCAAGUCAUCACCGUCUAGCUCGACGAACACUAUCUAUAGAUACAGCCCUAAUGUGGGACAUUCUUCGACACGGCUCCAGCAAGGCUUCAUUCGCCCCCAGGGAUGGUCUUUUCGACGCUUCAUUUACACCACCCCCAUCCAAAAAUUCAGACAAAGUGACCGUUGAAACUGAGAUUUUCCACCACUCUGCCACGGCGGUAGAUACAUCCGACGGAGGCCAAGCGCUACCACCAUACUCGAGCACUUUGCAAGAUCGAGCGGCUUCGGAAAACUCAGAUAAUGAACCUUGGACUCGAAGCCACUUGCGCUCUGUUGAUAACGGUACAAACCAUCCACUUCCGCGGGAGCCAGUGGGGUGGCCAGGACCUGCCGUUUCGGCCGAUAUGUCCUUUAUGGAUAUUUCACAUGAUCCAUUCUUUCAAUUUCAAGAUAGUGAGAAUCCUUAUCAAGGUUUGUGGGAGGUCGGAAACCUGUAG